CCCCAUUGGAAGUUCCGAAAACUUAGCACUUCAGCAGAGAACCAGAAAGAGCCGAUGGCGACAAUUUCAUUCUCAUUUGCUUCUCCUUCCAAGCACUUAAACCCUUCGAUCUCCCCCAAAAACUCUACCAUUUUCAAUCUACUACCAACUCCAUCGAAUCCCCAGCUCAAAAGAGCCUUCUUUCUCAAAUCUCCUUCAAUUUCUCCCAUCUUUAUCAGGCCUCUAAAGCCCCAACAAUGUCGUACUUCUUCCACUCCAAUCACUUCCCUUUUUACCGGCAUAGUUGAAGAAAUGGGUCAAAUUAAACAACUGGGUUACGAUAAACCCGACAGUUUCACCAUGAAAAUCCAAGCAAAACUCAUUCUUGAAGAUAUCAAUCUCGGCGACAGCAUUUCCGUCAACGGAACUUGUUUAACAGUAGCUGAUUUCGAUACCCAGAAUUUGGAAUUCAGUGUUGGGUUAGCUCCGGAGACACUAAGGAAGACUUCUUUGAUCGAAUUGGAACAAGGGUCUUUGGUGAAUCUGGAGAGGGCUUUGAGGCCUACUACUAGAAUGGGGGGUCAUUUUGUGCAGGGACAUGUUGAUGGGACUGGUGAGAUUGUUGAGCUCAAAACUGAAGGGGAUUCUUUGUGGGUGAAGGUGAAGACUGCUAAAGAGCUUUUGAGGUACAUUGUGCCAAAAGGAUUCAUUGCUGUGGAUGGGACUAGUUUGACUGUUGUUGAUGUGGUUGAUGAAGAAGGCUGUUUUAACUUCAUGUUGGUGGCGUACACGCAGCAGAAUGUGGUGAUUCCAUUGAAGAAAGUGGGGCAGAAGGUUAACCUUGAGGUGGAUAUAUUGGGAAAGUAUGUGGAGAGGCUUCUUAGUAGCGGCUUUGUGGAUUCCAUCAAAUCUUCAUGAAAAGGUUGUUUCUUUGUGCUUCAUUUCAUCUUUGUAACUUGCUUUGACAGAAUUUUGUAUCUUGAAUUUCAGAGAUGUUG